AAAUCCAAACAAAUACAAACCCUAGCUGGCUAUCUUUACUUUACAUCCAGAAAUGUAUGAAGUCAUGAAUAGUUCAGAUUCUGACAUGGCUCUUUUAGAUUCCAUUCGUAAUUUUCUCCUCGCUGAUGAUUGUUAUGAAUCUCCUGACAAUGCUCAAUCGUUUUACAACCCCAGUUCAAGCUUGAGUGGUAGUCUCUUUAUGACGGAGAACUGGAGUGAUCUUUUGCAGGCAGCAAACUUCGGUUUGUCUUCAAACGUAAUGUCUGUGAAAAAAGAGCAAAUAGAACGGGCCACUGAUGUUGCGGAUGUGCGUUUAUCACACGCUCCUUCUAGAGGAAUGGGUUACAGGGGCGUUAGGAGAAGGCCGUGGGGCAAGUACGCGGCGGAGAUGAGGGACCCACAGAAAAAUGGAGCUAGAAUAUGGCUUGGAACUUACGAGACGGCUGAGGAUGCUGCGCUGGCUUAUGAUCAAGCUGCUUUUGAGAUGCGCGGUGCCAAAGCCAAGCUAAAUUUUCCUAACUUGAUCGGCUCGGCUAACAUUGACCCGGUUAGAGUGAAUCGGAGACGGCGUUCUCCAGAGCCCCUCUUCAUCGUCAUCCGCGUCAGAUAGUGGCUCUCCUAACCCUAAGAGAAGAAUAAACGAGACUAGCACAGUUACCAUUGGUGGUCAGUUUGUGAUUCAGUGGCAGUAAAUCAGUGAUUAAGUGUUCUGAAUAACUCACGGAAUUUAAAAUUUUUGACGUGUUGUAAUUACCGAACUUAAUCACUAUAGAUUAUUAAAUCCCCAUUUUGUGAAAGUAAAACGUGUUAAAUUUCAAUCUUGCCAUGUCCAGCGUGGUCACGGAAAGCUCCAGCUUGUCGCGUUUGGCUCGUUCUCAUGUCCUUCGUACAAAAAUUUGGUGUAAAAUUUCGAUAUCUGUUACAUUAUUCUUUCAUAA